UAUCUAAUAUCUUAAAAUUAUAAUUAAUCGAUGCACUAGAAUUCUUUUCAAAUCGUUUUCAUGACCAUUUCGAUCACGCCAAAAGAAAUAUACGAGCAGCGCUAAAAGAACCCAAAAUGCAACGAACAAACGUGGACUUUUCAUGGAGGCGCGCAUUGCGUGCAUUUUCACCUAAUUUCGACGAGGAGAGCUGCGAGGAUAUUCCAAGAUGACAUCUGUUUAAAAGUAAGCGAGAAAUUUCUUGCCUAAUUUCCCUAUUUCAAACAUCUCGCGUUUCUUAACCAAAGAAUUAAUAACAAGUUCUGUAAUAGGUUAAAUCCAAAAUUUUCUCUCAGCACGUUUUACGACAAUAUUUUAUUAUAACGUAUUAUAUAAUGUAUAGCAUCUGGUGAAUUAUAAAACGUUACUUUUUUUUAAGUAUACGUACCAUAAAUAUCUGAAGGAAAAUUGGUAUAAAAUAAUAGCUGAAGUGAAUGUAAUUUUACUCGAUUACAGGCUUUCAUCCUUCAAAUUCUAGGUUACAACCACAAUUUCCAAGCCUUCGAAACAAUCCCUGGCACGACUCGAUCCUCCUUCAACGAUGCAUCCACGCGAAACUAACCCUUCAACGAUCUCGUUUCCAUUGACCCCAAAACGCUAUGAUAAGCCGCAAAUUUCGAACGUAAAAUGAACGAGUGUUUCGAGGAUUGGAGGGACGCGACAGAGGAGGAAUGGACGAACUGUCAUUUCCGGAAGCUGGUGCCGCUUUACAGAAAGUCACCGUGCCUGUGGAAGAAGGACUCGAGGCACUAUCUUGACAGCGAGCGCAGGCACCGCGCGUACAGGCGCAUUUGCGACGCCAUGGGGUUGCCAGGGGUGACUCUGGUGGAGAUCGUGUUGAGGAUUCGGGGGAUGCGCAAACUAUACGUGUCGGAGCUGAAGAAGCUGCUGGAGGCCGAGUCGAGCGGCGACUGCUAUCAGAACACGUUUCCCUGGUUCUACGAUUUGCAUCGAUUCCUCUAUCCGUACCUGGACUACGACGAGGCAGUCGAGUUGCACAAUGGCGACCGCGAUAUCGCAGAGUUUAGAGAAACGAACGAUCCUCGUCGGAAUCCAUCCCAUUGCUGCUGCGUCGACUGUCCCUUGUCGAACUGGAACAUCGCCGACAGACCUGUCGAUCGUUUCUUGCCACCCAGACAAGCUUUCUGCGCCCAGGCUUCCACCAGUUCCCCUGUCGUUUCCUUGCCAGAGGUCAGGACUCGUCCUAGAACUUGUCCCCGGUCGUGCAGCAGUAUUACGCGCGAGGACGGGGCCACUUCCGGCAACGUUUGCCACGUGGACAGCGAUUCGAGUUCCUGCCACGGGAAUUUCGAACUCGAUGGAUUCACCACGGACGCUUCGACGGGGACUCGACAGGAACAGCAACACGAAUUUACUAUCUGCGGGUUACACAACGCAUCGUCUUAUAGUGACUCUAUUGAGACCGAUUCGGAUCACUAUGAAGCUUUCUCAACGAUUGUUGCGCGUUGUUUGAGGAAAUUGGGCAGACCCGUUGCAAAUAGAGCGCAAUCGGAAAUUCGGAAAAUCUUAGCGAACCUUGUGGCAGAAUCACAUAUCAAGAAAUAAGGGACAAUUUAAAUCUUGAUGCUAUAUCGACAAAAUCGUUAAUAUUUAAUAUUGAAUUUGACCUGUCUGGCAACUAUCAGAUUUAAAUUUAACAUACUGUGAAUGAAUAAUUAAAGGAUCACUGUAUUGCAAAAUUUACAAAUAUGUUAAUUUUGUAUAGAUAGAAUAAAGACUGAUUAAUUAAAAAUCUGGAGUCUAGUGAUAACUGCACUUAUUAGGGAACCACAGAACCAGCGUGCUCCAGUAAUUACAUUGAUACAACACCAAAGUUUAGUGAUCAUCAAUAACGGAACCCUACCGUACGUAUUCAGUGUGAAUUUCCAGGAUAUCAAUUAUGUAGAUUAUGUCUAUUAACGUGGCCAGUGCUGGUUCAUGUAAACACACUUGGAAUACUACUACAUCUAUGGGUGAAUCGAUUAUCGCUCCAUAUCGCAGCACUUAAAUUCCUCCUGCAAACUUGCUUUCUGUUGUAACCAUCAAUAACAAAAUUGUUCACGUUUAAUUGUGAUUAUGUAAACUUUCGCCUAAAAUAAAAAAAAAAAUAGAUGUAUUCCGCAGAAUUUGUGUUGUAUCAAAAUAUAAAAUUCCAAAAUCCUUCUGCAACACUUCAGAGGGAAUGUCCUAUAUGCACUUGUUCUGGCCAGUGUCUUACAUUCGCCUUAUUUCAAGUUUCUUUUUAUAUACCUUCUUUAGAUUUUCUUUAUUUCCAAGUUAAGCUGGUAAGUUUAUAACGUUGUAAAACAGCUGUUGCUGAACCCCGUCCAUUCGCUGUGGCGAAAUCCAGUGGAUUAUAUAGUUUGUGUUACUUUUUCUUCCUUUCUUUUCUGUGCCCGGGUUUCCGAUGGCGUAGUAAAGAAGUUAAAUAAAGUAAAUCGAGAUAAGAAGGUUGAGUAGCUGGAUAGCCAUAAAAUGCUACUUCCAAAGUAGACGUUUAUAUGAAAAAAACCUUUUAAAAAUAUGCAUAGAAGAGAAUCUUUAAGUGUAUUUUAUUUUUAUUUUUAAGCUACACCAUUAACUCGACUCUACACUAAUUAAAUGCAACACAUUCAAUUUAUUUCAAUACCGUUAUUUUAAUAAAUGACAGUUUGUUCUAUAGAACAUGAAAUUCAAUCCAUUAAAUAUAAAUUUCGACGAGUUAAAAAUAUUCCCCCCAAUUUUACCGUUUACCGACGUCUGGUUUCCACGAAACUAUUCCGAAUCUGUGCCGCGCCGGAAUUUUUUAAAAAAAGCCAGAUGGUCGAUCGCGAACA